ACCACUUCAUUACCCCCUCUCUCUCUUAAACUAAAAAAAAGACUAUAAAGAAAGAAAUGAGCUUAUUUGAGGUGAAAGUGUGCAAAACGGAGAAGGUGGCGGCGGCGCUGCCUAUGCAGGAGCACUGGCUGCCGCUCUCCAACCUUGACCUGCUGUUGCCGGCGGUGGACUUCGGCGUCUUCUUCUGCUACGAGCACGACGAAACGGAGCAGCAUUUCUCGCAGAUUGUGGGGGCGCUGAAGAAGGCUCUGGCGCUCACCUUGGUCUCCUAUUACGCCUUCGCCGGCGUGCUGGUCAGGAACGGCGCCGGCGAGCCCGAGCUCCUCUGCAACAACAGCGGCGUUGAUUUCGUGGAGGCUGUCUCCGACGCUGCCCUCGAGGAUCUUAAUCUCUAUAACCCCGAUGACUGCGUCGCCGGCAAGCUCGUGCCGCUCAAAAAGCACGGCGUUCUUGCCGUACAGGUAACUCAACUGAAACGCGGCGGAAUAGUGGUGGCGUGCGCCGUCUCUCAUCAGGUGGCAGACGCUUACUCCGCCAACAUGUUCCUCGUCUCAUGGGCGGAGAUGACGCGUUGCAAGCAGCUAUCCCAGCCUCCCUCCUUCCGCCGCUCCCUCCUCCUCCCCAGACGCCCCGGCCGCUUCGACCGCUCCGCCGACGACAUGUUCGUCACCCUCUCCGACCUACCUCCCGAUCACUCCGACGACGACGACGGCGCCGAAUCCGCAAUCAGCCGCAUCUACUACAUCAAGGCCGACCGCAUCGUAGAGCUCCAGCAAGAGGCCAACGCCGGAAACUCCAAACACACUCCAAUAACCAAGCUCGAGGCCUUCUCCGCCUUCCUCUGGAAAACCGUAAUCUCCGAUGACAAUUCCUGCCGUGAUAAUGUAUGCCGCCUCGGGAUCGUCGUCGAUGGGAGGAGCCGAUUGAUCGACGGAGACGCCGAUAAGGCGAAGCUCAUCAAUCCGUAUUUCGGCAAUGUUUUGUCCAUCCCAUUUGGGGAGAAGAAAUUUAGGGAUUUGAGUGAGAAAGGGCUGAAUUGGGUGGCCAGUGAGGUUCACGCGAUUUUGCGGGCCGCAGCGGGUAAGGAGCAUUUCCUAGGGUUGAUUGAUUGGGUGGAGGAGCGGCGGCCGGAGCCAGCGCUGGCGAAGAUUUAUGCGGCGAGGGUGACGGAGGAGGAGCCCGCGGUGGUGGUGUCGUCGGGGAAAAUGUUCCCCGUGGGAAAAAUGGACUUUGGGUGGGGUCGACCGGUCUUUGGGUCGUAUGAUUUCCCGUGGGGUGGGAAAUCGGGAUACGUGAUGCCGAUGCCGAGUGCGAAGGGCAACGGGGAUUGGGUAGUGUACAUGCAUCUAUUGAGAGGGCAAUUAGAGUUGAUUGAGAGGAAUGCAUCGGAUGUGUUCAACCCUCUCACUUCUGAUUAUGUUUUGUCUAACGUUUGAUUUGUUUAUUAAUGUGAAUCAUGUGAUGGUAUAUGACAUUGAUAGUUAUGUAGUCUAAGUUUGUUGUAAUAUGUCAUAUUGGGAUUGUUACAUUAUUCAUAGGAUACUAAGCUUUUGGUGUAAUUAUUUCUUCCUGAAAUAAAAUCAUAUCCACUGUUGUAUUA